GAGGAGGGUGGGUGACAGUCUGAUGGAUUGGGGUAGUGAGUUCCAGAGGAUGGGGGAAGUCCUGGAGAAGUCCUGAAGUCGGGGGAGGGAGGAGGAGACCAGGGAGCUAGAAAGUAGGAGGUCCUGUGAGGAGCGAAGAUUACGGGUUGGGUGGUAUUUGGGUAUCAGGUCGGUGAGGUAGUUUGGGGCGGAGUUAUGAAUGGCUUUGUAUGUCUGUGUUAGUAGUUUGAAUUCAAUGCGUUGGGCAAUCGGGAGCCAGUGGAGGGAUUGGCAGAGGGGGGUGGAGCCAGUGGAGGGAAUGACAGAAGGGGGAGUGGAGGACACUGAGUGGAGGCCAGUGGAGGGAUUGGCAGAGAGGGGUGGAGGACACUGAGUGGAGGCCAG